UAGGCGGGCUCAAUCCAGAGACUGUCCAAAAAGGAAAAAAAAAGCCUAUUCACAACCUCAACUUCUUGCUAUUUAUCUCCUGAUUUGGAAGCUGGACUGUCUCCUUUGGCUACGAUGAAGCGACCUUGCGAGGACACUACCUCAGAUAGCGAUAUGGACGAGACUAUAGACGUAGGGAGCGAAAAUAAUUACUCUGGGCCCAGUGCCAGUUCUGUGAUCCGGUCAAAUUCUCCUACUACAACAUCUCAGAUUAUGGCCAGGAAGAAAAGAAGAGGGAUUAUAGAGAAAAGGCGCCGGGAUCGUAUAAAUAACAGCUUAUCCGAACUGAGGCGACUCGUACCGACUGCUUUUGAAAAACAAGGAUCUGCCAAAUUAGAAAAAGCAGAAAUCCUGCAAAUGACAGUGGAUCAUUUGAAGAUGCUCCAGGCGACAGGCGGGAAAGGUUAUUUUGACGCUCAUGCUCUGGCCAUGGAUUUCAUUAGCAUUGGGUUUCGAGAAUGUUUAACCGAAGUUGCGAGAUACCUGAGCUCCGUGGAAGGUCUGGACACGGCGGACCCACUCCGAGUCAGACUGGUCUCCCAUCUCAGCUCGUGUGCUUCUCAGAGGGAAGCUGCCGCAAUGACCUCGUCCAUGGCGCAUCAUCCCCACCCUCUGCACCCUCAUCACUGGGCGGCUGCUUUCCACCAUCUCCCUACAGCUUUACUGCAGCAGAAUGGAUUACACCCCGCUGAUGUCUCCCCCUGCAGACUCUCCACAGCCUCAGAAGUGCCUUCCCACGGCUCGGCUCUACUCACUGCCACUUUCGCGCAUGCUGAUUCCACCCUCAGAGUGCCCUCGGCGGGCAGCGUCGCUCCUUGCGUCCCACCACUUUCUACCUCUCUCCUCUCACUUUCUGCCACUGUGCAUGCUGCGGCAGCAGCGGCGGCUCAGAGUUUCCCUCUGUCUUUUGCUGGAGCAUUCCCAAUGCUUCCCCCCAGUGCAGCAGCAGCAGCAGUGGCAGCCGCCACAGCACUUAGCCCCCCUUUGUCUGUUUCGGCAACCGCUAACUCUCAGCCACCCAGCAGUAAUGGAAACACUAAACCCUACCGACCUUGGGGCACUGAAGUUGGAGCUUUCUGAGUUUUCCCUUCAAAGCCUGCCCCAAACAUUCUGCAGUCAGAACAGAAAGUUCUUGCACAAAGCAUAGGUGGUUAGUAGCUCACGGAGCCGGAUGGAUUCUCAAGACACAGAAGGGGAAGAGCAAGUGAAUCUGCCAUAAGAUUGGUCAGAAUGGAGGUGUUUUUCUACUUCGUUUGAAUCAGACCUCAUACUGGAUGACCGUGGUCUUCAAAUGAUGUCCUGUGUCGCCAUUAAUCCUCUUGCUAUGCAUUUUUAUUUGCCAGGGAGGUGAUGUAUUAUAGCUCAGAAAGUCUUCCUGAAAGACAAGCCCUGUCCUAAAUGCUUAAGUGCCUGCCCUCUUCCGAAUAGGCGGUGUGUUUAUGUGUUACUUUGCAUCUUUUCUAAGGCAAAACCACCAUGCGAGCAUGCAAAUGAUGCUGGAGAGAUUUGGAAUCACAUAAUGAGAUCCAGAAUAGGGAUACAAUUUCUGAAUAAACUGCACACAGUAAGGCGGCAGUCCUUCAGCAUCAGUGGGACCCCACCAAGCUGUGCGCAGGGUUGAAUUUUAAGAAUAACAACGUUGCUGAGAUUGUAUAUACUUAAUCUCAUCUAGUUUACCUUCAUUGUGCAGAUCUAUCAAAUGUUUGCAAUGUAAUCUUGAUAAAAGUGCUAAACCUUCAGCGUGGUUUAAGAAGUUACAAGCCUCCUGGCACUUUCUGUAAAACCGUUGGUGUCAAGUUACACUCAAGUGUACAUAAGUUGACCAUCGAUUUUAUACCAACACAUUUUGAUAAAGUCACAGCUGAUUUGUCUGGUUCAUCUUUGCAAGCUAGAAAACAGCUUCCUUCAGACAAAAUGAAAGUCUUUUUUUUUCUUUUGUCACAGAAAGAGGUAUCAUUAAAUAGCUAUAAUACUUUACCCUUCGGCCAUACUUAACAAAAAAUUAUGGCAAUUUUAGUCCAGGAGAUCUGGAGGGAACCAGACUGUAAAAGAUUGAGCUGUAGUAUCAGCAGCAGGAACCUUUGGGUUGGUUUUUGUCACUGCUAUUUGGUUUUCUUUCUUUUUUUCUUUUCUUUUUUGUACGGGUUCAGUUCCCAACCCAGAGGAUGUAAGUUAUGUUUUUUUAACUACCCAUACAAGCAGUACUAUAAAAUGUUUUGCUUUGUUGUUAUUAUUAUUAUUACAGCAACAUGAAAUAACAUAAGUAUUUUAAUUCAUUGACUCAAGAGCUAGAGUUAAUGUUGGGGGAGGGCAAGUAAAAUAAAAGCACAGCAUGUAUUAUGCACUUCAUUUCUCUGCUGUGUGGAGAAAGCAAUAAACAUUGAGAAUGUUAAACAUUAUACAAAUGUACUUUUAAAAUAUUUGUUUUAAAAAUACUGUUCCUAGUUGGGAGAAGGGGCAAAUUGUUCAUUAUUUUGUUAACCCUUUUUUCUAUGCAAAAGUUUUUAUGUAUCACUAAUUAAAUGAAGUCCUUUUUUGACUGACUUCCAGAUAUUGUUUUGAUGUGACCACUGGAAGGGAAAAGAUUGAAUGUGUUAAAAGUUAAUGCAAACCCAAAUGGUGGUAGCUUCCUGGAGAGGGUGCAUUGUGUUGUGUAACUAAAAGUAUGUGCAGUAUAUUGUCUCAUUUAAGAUUCCAUUCAAUUUAGUUUCUUAAAUGUGUGGUGAAAGUAUGCUAAAUACAGUUUAGUGUUCAAAUCAAGACUAACUUGGAGCUAAAUAAGAAGUGAUAAGCACACAAUUAACUAUUGCCUGUUUGUUGAGUUGUUGAUGUAAGUGGAAGCUACAAUGGUGCUGAUCUGGACUGGGAAAGUUGCAGCCCAGGUGUUGGGCUGCAACUUUUGUUCCUGUAAUAGUCUACUCCAAGAUUGCUUUUUGCAUCUUCUGGAGGAAAGCUGCUGUCACUGAUAAUAAGAGUUUUUCUUCUCUGAGCAAAUAGUAGCUGCAAGGAGCUUGAUCUGGGCUAAGGAUAUGGGAGGAUUCGAUCCAGUUUCCCUCUGCUACAUAGUCCCUUGUCCUCAUCUUCACUGCAGGGCUGCCCCAUGAUCAACACUUGGUUUAGAUCUUCUACUUUUAGUUUAGCAUCACUUCCAGUUUGUCUUUAUAUUGAUUGAAAUUGUUUGCUGAUACUUAUCCUUCAUAGCCCAGUGUGUUCCAUUGUGGGAAUUGCAGCUGUUCAGAAUUUCUACAUCAAAACGAUUACCUCUGUGCCCAAAGGAGUAGCCAUGCAAAGCAAAAAAAAGUAUGUAGUGUUCACAUUUGUAGUUCUCAGUGGAUGAGCCAAUCAAAAAAGGAAAAAAAAUCUUCCAAGAGCCCAGGGCAGGGUUCUCAAUGUGUUUGAUAGCUAUAAAAAUGUUUCUUGCAACCUAUAGUUACAAAAAAUGUUACCUCCAACAUUAAGGGCUUUUACUUGAAGUGAUGGACUAUAUUUCUGCUUUUUUAAGUCAGUUAAGGAACUCUGAGAGGGAUUGGAGAAGAUUGUCUACACUGGGAUAGCCUCCUGUUUCAUAGUUUCUCUGUGUUUGCCUUUUUCUGUCUUACUGUAGAUAAUAUUAGGUAUUUGCAUCUUAUUCUCAGCUCAUUAUACUUUCAGUACUUUGCUGGUCAGUGACAGUAAUAAAGAUUAGUACAAUAACAAAGUUAAUUAAGAGACUAUAAUUUCACUUACAG